CCGAUAUACCGCCGAAACAGAGAGAGCGAUCCAUAUUCAAAUAUGCCGCCAGAUGCCAAGUUACCGAGUACGCCGACGCGCUGCGGGAUGGCGCUAGUCGCGAGCACAUCCGCAGAAUCAAAAAAGACAGUUGGGAAGUGUAACAUCACACAUCGAUUCGGCGGCCCGCGUCGAGCCCGAAAAAAAACUUUCCUUCUCCGUGUUUCCUGGAUCCUGGCCGUGUCCGGUCGCGACAAAGCCCGGCGUCUAACGUUAACUCGCGCGUACGCGUGUGGUGCGGUGAAUCUAAGUGACUCUCUCUCUCUCUCUCUCCCUUGUUCGGCGAACGUAUACGCGUUACGCCGAUCGAAACGUGACUGUCCCUCGAUUCAUACGUGGUGGUUCCUGUCACGGCAUAGCGGCAGUACCAGUAACAGAAGCAGUAGCGGCAAUAGCCCUCUCGUUCAACCCCCGUCACCCGAAGACCGCGUCGCCGACACCGAGGGAGGGAAACUCGGCGCGCUGAUAACGGUCGCGGCGGAGGUCACUGCAUUGCGGUUAGCAGCGCUACGUCGGCGAGAUACCGACGACGACGACGACGACGAGGACGAGGACAACGACGACGUGGAAGACGACAGCGGCGUAAUCGCGCCGCGAAGGUAGUGGGGUUGAAAAUCGACGCUUGCCCGGUGUCACCCUCUCUCCUCCAGCAUCUCGCCCCUCAAUCGCUUACUCGUGCGUACCCUUCCAAAGGUCCACUGCCCCUAUCUUUUCCUCCUAUCUGUUCCUUCGUACGUGUACUACCCGUGAAGUUUUACCGCCAUAUCCACGUGCGUGCACAACGAGCAUACGCGUAUAGAAAGUCACACGCGUAAUCAUCACGCAUACGCAGAUACGGUUCCGAAAGACGGAGAGAGAAAGGUACGCGUUAAUACGAACGGCGCUUGCGCGUGAUAUCGGCGCGGAGAGUGGGAGUAGGAGUGGGGAGUGCGGCGCUUGGUGGGGAGCGUCAUCUGUCGCGACGUUAGUGUGACGGCGACCGGCAGCGGGUGCGGAUGGUGCUUAUCAGUGUGCGCGUGUUUGUCGUGACGUUGCGCAAUAAGGGACGUAAUAACGGUUGUUUAUCCUAACGUCGCUCGCGCGUGGACGCUUGAACGCGUGAGCGCGGGUGGGUGUUGGUUGCGACUCUCGCCUUCUACUUUCCCUUCGUCGUGCAUCGGCCGUCUCGCGGCUUCGCGAAUGUGCCGCUUGGCCGCUGCGAGGCGGUCCAUCGUCCUCGGGAAAACAUGCGCGCGGCGGGCCGCCGGUGGACGACCGUGGAUGCAACGACCGCAACAAACGGGAACGUCGCGCCGCACGUGACUGCCGCGACACCCGCGCAGCUGCUUCCGGCGCAGUGAGUGUUUGAGAGAAAGCAACGCGCGCCUUCUCUCUUCCCGCCGUAUACGCUCGAUAGAUAAUAAGUUAAUUCGCGCGCGUCACAGUGUCUCUCGCGGGCGUAAUCAAGGGUGCUUCGGAUCGCACAGUGUGACGGUGAUAAUACACGGUGCGAGGGGUACGUGUUCGCCAUUCCUUCCGGAGUUCCGUUCUCGCGUGUGCCGAUUUUCGGUCGUUCAGUGCCCGCGACGGAGACUACGAACCCUGGCACGUCAUUCCGAGCGUCGCUGCGACACCAUCGCGAGGAAAGGAUGAGGCGAGCCAGCCUCCGCGUUGCUCCCAGGAUGCACCCGUUGCUGUCCUGCUGGUGCUUCGUCGCGACGGUCACCCUCGCUCUGGCCGCUUGGCAGGAGAACGUCAGGCCGAAGAUGUACGUCCAGUUAGGUGCGGAGGAUGUGUUCAGGUUUACGGGCAACGAGACGCACACAGAUUACUUUCGGCUGGUGCUCAGGGACGGGAACUAUCUCCUGGUCGGCGGAAGGAAUCUCGUACAUAAUCUCAGUUUGACCGAUUUGACGGAGCAGCAGAGGCUGACCUGGUACUCGACGGAGAACGACGUGAAAAUGUGCGUCGUCAAGGGCACGCCCGAGGAAAACUGCCAGAAUUACAUUCGCAUCUUGGUGAAGACCGGGUCGAACAAUUUGUUCGUGUGCGCCACCAACGCCUUCAAGCCUAUGUGUCGUGAUUACACGGUACACGCGGGCAACUACACGAUGAUGAAGGAGAAGGGCGGUCAGGCGAGGUGCCCGUACGACCCGCAGCAUAACAGCACCUUCGUCUACGUCGACGGUGAACUCUACACCGGCACGGUCGCCGAUUUCGCGGGCAUGGACCCGAUCAUCUAUAGAGAACCGCUGCAAACCGAGCAGUACGAUUCGAUGAGUCUGAACGCACCGAACUUUGUGAGCUCCAUGUCCCAAGGAGAUUUCGUCUACUUCUUCUUUAGAGAGACUGCUGUAGAAUAUAUCAAUUGCGGCAAGGCCGUCUACUCUCGCGUAGCGCGAGUCUGUAAAUACGAUCGGGGUGGACCGCAUCGUUUCCGUAACAGGUGGACGUCCUUCCUGAAGUCGCGUCUCAAUUGCUCCGUUACCGGAGACUUCCCAUUUUACUUUAACGAGAUACAAUCAACGACCGAGCUAAUAUCGGGUCAGUACGGCGGCACAUCGGCGCAACUCAUUUAUGGCACCUUUACGACGCCGGUGAACAGCAUAAGCGGUUCGGCGGUGUGCGCCUUUUCGCUGCAGGAUAUUGCCGACACUUUCGCCGGUAAUUUCAAGGAGCAGAGCGCCAUGAAUUCCAACUGGCUACCGGUGCAGGACACAAAAGUGCCGGAUCCACGACCCGGGCAGUGCACCAACGACUCGCGCACGCUGCCGGAUCUGACGCUUAAUUUCAUCAACACACAUUCACUGAUGGACGAAUCGGUACCAAGCUUUUUCGGCCAGCCGAUCGUUAUACGUACUAGUUUCCAUUACAGAUUCACCCAGAUUGCUGUGGAUCCUCAAGUGAAGACUCCGGGCGGCAAGACCUAUGAUGUUCUCUUCAUUGGCACGGACAACGGCAAGGUGAUUAAGGCAGUGAACGCCGAAUCUGCUGAUUCUCAUCAGAAAGUCAGUCCGGUUGUGAUCGAGGAGAUACAAGCUUUCCCACAAACGGUGCCGGUUCGCGGCAUCAAGGUGGUCCGAGCCUCGCAGGCAGGCGAUGGCCUCGAGGACGGUCGAUUGGUCGUCAUCGCCGACAGUCAAGUACAGGCGCUAAGACUCCAUCGAUGCUAUAGUGACAGGAUAUUGUCCUGCGGUGAAUGCGUCGCCCUGCAGGAUCCGUAUUGCGCCUGGGAUAAGGUGGAGGGCAAGUGCAGGGCGUUGGUCGGCCCGGCGUCGACGGAUGCCAGCAGGUUCCUGCAGAGCGUCGCGACGGGGACACACACGUCCUGCCCGCCAGGCAAGAGCUUGAACAAGGACGCCGGAAGUGUCGGCGCUAUAUCCGCUAACAAUAACAAGUUUCCACAGAACUCGAUAUCGAAUAAAGACAAUCCAGGCGGCGAAAUUAUCAAUAUCACGCAAGAGGAGGACCAGGACAACUCAGGUCCGGAGGUAUCCGCAGCUGACACACCUCCUCCACAAUACUCUGUGGAAACUCUAGUGAUGGCCGUGGUGGCCGGUGCACUGGCCGCAUUGUUCGUUGGUUUCGUGGCCGGUUAUUUGUGUGGCAGAAAGUGUAGGAAAGACGAAGACGAUAAUUUACCCUAUCCAGACACGGAGUAUGAAUACUUCGAGCAACGACAAAACGUGAAUAGUAAUGUUUGUCUAUCCACAUUCAGCAGGCUGGCGCCCGAGCCAAAGCUAUUACCGCAGGAGGAGGUGACCUAUGCGGAACCGGUGCUGGUUCCGCAACCGCCGAAACUUCAAUCCCCAAAGGGUACUAUGAGGAAACCACCGCCGACUCCCACGGAGACUCUCUUUCAAUUCCCGGACGGUUACGGUUUCCGCGGGGGACCGCGCGGCGACAAUUUUGGCACUCUGCGCUCCCAUCAAGGUGACGCGUAUCGCCGCAACGAUGGCUUUGCGACCACGCGCAGCGUCAAGAAGGUUUAUCUCUGAGAAACGAGCGAGGAGGGGGGUGGCCGUCACCGGAGCCUAGGACGGCCAGCGCGCAAUCGCCACAACGCGACGACGGCCAGCAGAAGUAGUCGCGCUGUGACGUCCGGGGGACAGUCAAAUCGUGAGCUCGCCGGUCCGAGGGCAUUGGAAUCGCCCUCGCCAUCGUCGAGCGUAUCAUCGAGUUCCCCGUCCCCUCCCUCCUCGUCACCCUCGCCCACUCUCGUACCGAUUGCCAUGAGCGGCCAACAGCCACCGCCGCCACCAACGCCACCCUGCAGCUUCAUCUAUCGAUCAUAGUCAUCGUCGUCAUCGUCGUCGUCGCCGCCAUCGUCGUCGUCGUCGUCAUCGUCAUCGCCAUCAUCAUCACGAUGGUCAUCAUAUUCUGCUUUCUGCUCGAUGACGCGAGGAGAUGAAAGAGAGAAAGCGUUUUACAGUCCUAGCGCGUUAUUCCGAAAUGUAUAAAUUGAAUAAUCAAGAGAAUAAUCUCCUGCCCAGAAAUAUCGCAAUACUUCAAUGGAUGCCGCGGUAUGUUUCUUUUAUAUCUUAAAUCUUUUUAUUUCGUUCGUGGUUUUCAUUUUGAUACUGAUGUUGCUUUGGUGAUAAUGAAAAAUUAGAACGUUGGAGUUUCGCGUCGAUCGAGUCUAGAUGUUACCGUUUGUUUGCAAAGUAGAGAUGGAGAGAUCAAUGAAAUUAUUUUACGAAUUGGUCGUUUAUCACAUUGGGAAACGUCGAGUCGAGCAACUGUGCAUAGGGCAUUUUAUUUUUGCCCGUUUACGAAUCAUCAUAGCGUAAUAAUACAGCAUUUCAUAAUCCUCGUAGAAACGACAUUCCAACCGGAAAUGUUUCGGUGGACGUUACAUUUGAUCAAUAAUUUGAUUAUCCAUGCACGUUGAAAAAUAAAUAAGGCGAGCGCAAACAUUUUAGCAUAACGAUUGUCGAUUAUCUUAGAUCUUUAGCACUAAUCCGCAAAAAAAUGAGCAAAUAGAAUAAAGAAAAAAAAAGAAAGAAAUUCUAUAAUUAUCGAUGCUCGAACAUGUAAAAACUCGAGUAAACUUUGGUGAUUAGGCUCGAUUGACAAAAUAGUGCGAACGUUAGCGGCGGUUCGCAACAAAAUGUCGUAAUCUCCACUAUUUUAUUAAUUGACAAUUAGCAUCGAAGUCGACAUGUGUAAUUGUAAAGCUACACAACAUAGUAUUACGAUGAGGCUUUUUUCAUAAAGUCAAUUAAAGGAGACUAUCCGCAAGCUCGAAACACGCAAUUUUUCUAACGUUGUAAUAUUUAAUACGAGUGAUUGAUAGUGCCAUUAUAGAUCACGUAACACUUCUGCGUGCCUCGAAAUUAAAGACGAUCAUGACGAUUAUCGACGUUGUUGGCCAAAUGUUUUUCUCGGUUGGCCAAAUGGAGAUUAAUGCAUUUAAUUAAUUGUACAUAAUAACGUCUCUGUCUUUAUAUUCGUUUUUUUAUUUGUCUUAUUUUAUUUUGUAAUUUUAUUCUGUAUUUUAUUUUAUUUGUGUAAUAUAUUUAAUAUAUUGAAUAUAUAUUAUUUUAUAAAUCGUAUAUAUAGGGUCGUUUAUAUACCACAUGAAAACUGUUAGAUUCGGAGUUUUACUUGGACAUAAUAAAGUAAUUUUUAAAAGUGUUACUAGAAACCCAUCGUUUCUAAAUAUAAUUUAUUCAUUUUAAUGUUCUCUCUCUCUUAAUUUCGUGGUAUUUUGUUAUCAUAUUAACUAGAAAUCUGAAUCAUAAAAUCGUGGAGAUUGCUAUAUUGCCUGAAUUAAGGAUGCGUUAACUGAUAUAUCCAACGGUAGCAGUCAACAAACACAGACUAUGUUGCUGCUGUCUAUAAUAGAUACGUUAAAAUAGUCGCGCGCGCGCGCGGAAAACGAUACUAAUUUCCUAGUUUCUCGUUUGUGAAUGUCGGUUCAUCUAGUUCUGUGUACGCUUCGGAGACGCGCGUUCUCAACGCCUGCACAUAUACGUAAUAGAGAGCAGCGAGAGAGAGAGAAAGAGAAAGAGAAUGGGAGAAAAAGUGAGAGGCACAGCGCUUAUAUGUACAUAAUACAUAUAUACAAAAGCAUAUACAUCAAUUAGGAGUUAAAAAGAAACGAAAACGAAAAUCAGUCCAUCUAACCUGGGCCCGAUGGUGUAAGUAAGUAGACAUCUAUCUUAAAGUGCUUCUUAUUUCGGUGUGUUUAGAAAUAAACGUGUAUGUGAUAUAUUCUAUAUGACGAGAUGCUUUUCGAGCAUCGGAAAAUGGGAGAGACGUGGAGAGGGUUUUUAACUCAGGGGCUCUCUCGACGGAUCUGAAACGAGACAGGCGCAGUAAUAAAACUCACGGUCUUUUGUUCACAAUAAUUCGUCGCUGUGCUUUGUAAAUAUUUUUUUCAUACGAUUUCUCGUAUCUAUUUUACGCAUAUAUAUAUGGUAUAUCAAGCUCUCAUUGAUUCCUGACAUCUCGGUCUCUCGCAAUUCCACGGUGUCGCGAAAAAUCUCUACAUUCCAGCAGAUUGUCUUUCAUCGAUCGUGGAAUUUUGUGAACAAUCGAACCUGAACUCUGACACGCACACAAUACACAAGUACACGGAUACAGACUACUACAGGUUGUAAAAUUUCUGUAAAUUUUAUUACUGUCUCUUUUUUUUUUUUUUUUUUUUAAUCAUUAAAUUUGUUGAUUUGGUGUUAAAAUAUAUCUCGAGAGCUCGUCGAAAAUUAUCCCUUAAACCGUAAGACUGAACAAAUCCCCUAACGGCGAAUCUCUCAAUAUAUUUCUACUUUUCUUACAAAUUUUAUAUAAUCGGCAUGGACGAGAAACAUUUUUUUUCUUUGACGAUACACAACAUGAAAAACAUUUUGAUCAAACUUUUUUCAAGUGUUUCCCGUUCCAAGCACAAAUUAUUCUUUAUUACGCUUCGUCUAGAAGCUAACGGAAUUUUAUCAAAGUCGCAAAAAGCGAAUUGUUAACUCUACGCUGCUAAUAAUUGAUAAUACUCUUUCAGCGCGAAAUCCGUAAAAUAAAAACGGCGAUGUGAACACACCUAUCUCAUUGUUGUAAUGACUGUCAAACGAUACGUGCAUAAUUGUUGAAAUAUCUAAACUGCCAUGUGGCACAUUGUAAUCGUAGGAUAAACGAUACUUUGUGCUUGAAACAAGUAGCGAUAGCAGGAACAUGAACUCACACAAAACACUCCCAUGUGAUUUUCCACGUGGUUCGAAGCUGCCAUAUAAUCGAUCCGACAUUCAUUGUCGUCUCGCAGAUACGUUUAAUUAUCUCUCGGGAGCUAAGUAGCGUUUCUAAUGGCUUAUUUCGCAUUACGCGAACGAUAAAUUUUUUUUUUAAGUUUGGUACGACAACGUACCGAAUAAGGGGUUUUAACAAUUGUUUAGUGAUUUUUUAAACGGAAGACUCAGGCAUGAUACCAAAGAUAUUAAUUGUAAACUAAACAUCGUUGGUCACACAUUGUGAUGGUUAAUCGUUAGAGAAGGCGCACAAAACGGUAUUCAUUAACGAUAGGAAGGUGGCCCCCUUGCACAUAUAUAGACUGGAACACGGUUAUACAAGACACUCGCACGCGUACGCGACACGCGAAACUGACAUAAGAAAAGUACACGUGUAAGGAUGUUCACCUUAUUAGCGAGUUUUAAUAAUCAUGUUGACAACACAUUAGUUGGGAGACACUCGCGAUAUUAAGAUCGUAGAAUUCUACUAAACAUUGAAAUCAAAUAAUGCAUGAAAAAACAGAGCGUUCGUACACCACGAAAUAUUUUUCAAGAGAGAACGAGAGAAAGAGAAUGUGUGUGCGUAUAUAUAUGUGUACGUGCGUGAACGAAAGAACGGACGAGAGGAAGGGAGAGAAAGAUAAUGAGAGAUGUAGCGAUAGCUCGGUGUUCAAAAAAAGUCAGAAGUCUAAUAAGCUUACGAUAUUGCUAUCGAGCGUUGAUGCUUUAAUAAAAGAAAAAUAAGUAAAAAAAAAAAA